AAGUAGUUAAGAAAACGCUAGCAUGGUGAUAUAAUAAAUAAAAAAUAUGUUACAGUGUGGUCUGGUACGCUAAUUGUGAUUGAUUCUGAAAUCUGAAACCCUAAUCGAGCAUGGGGAAGAAGCGAAAGCUCGCACCGAAAUCCACUGAAACCGCUGAACCCCCACUGAAGCAGCAUCAAUCUCAACCUCAACCUCAAUUGGAACCUGAACAUGACAAUGCAGCUGAAGAAGAAUACGAAGAAGUCGAAGAAGAAGUAGAGGUCGAACAAGAGGAAGAAGAAGAUGAAGAACAACAACAAGAUGAUGAACAACAACAGCAACAACAAGAAGAAGACGAGGAACCGAUUCAGAAGCUUAUAGAACCCUUCGGCAAGGAACAAAUCAUGAACCUACUAUGCGAGGCGGCGACCAAGCACCGUGACGUGGCGGAUCGGAUCCGCAAGGUCGCCGACGGGGACGCCGUCCACCGGAAGAUCUUCGUGCACGGCCUCGGAUGGGACACCACCGCCGCAACACUAAUCAACGCUUUCAGCCAGUACGGCGAGAUCGAGGACUGCAAGGCGGUGACAGACAAGGUCUCCGGAAAGUCCAAGGGCUACGGUUUCAUCCUCUUCAAGACGCGCCGCGGCGCGCGGAAGGCCCUCAAGGAGCCGCAGAAGAAGAUCGGCAACCGCAUGACGGCGUGCCAGCUGGCAUCGAUCGGCCCGGUCCAGCAGCAGCCGGUUGCCGCGGUGCCACAGCUGCAGCAGCCGGCGCAACCAGCUUUUUCGGCUGGAGUUUCGGAGUACACGCAGAGGAAGAUCUAUGUGAGCAACGUUGGGGCGGAAUUGGACCCGCAGAAGCUGUUUGCUUUCUUUUCGCGGUUCGGUGAGAUCGAGGAAGGGCCGUUGGGGCUUGAUAAGGUCACUGGAAAACCGAAAGGGUUCUGCUUGUUCGUUUACAAGAGUGCGGAGAGUGCGAAGAGGGCCUUGGAGGAGCCUCACAAGGAAUUCGAGGGCCAUAUUUUGCACUGCCAAAGGGCAAUUGAUGGUCCCAAGCAGGGGAAGUUGCAGCAGCUCGUGAAUCCUCAGAGUCAGAGGCCCCAAUUUCAGAGAAAUGAUAGUGCUGGUUUUGUUGGUGGUAGUGGUGGUGGUGUUGCCCAACCGGUGGGGCACUUGAUGGCUCCGGCUGGACCAGCAAUCGGGUUUAAUCAGUCAGCUACUGCUGCGCAGGCUCUGAAUCCAGCUCUCGGGCAAGCGCUGACUGCACUGCUUGCGUCCCAGGGUACAUUGGGGCUUACUAAUUUGUUGGGGAGUCUCGGAACAAGUGCGGCGGUUAAUCCCGUUGUUCCAGCUGCGGGGCAUGGAGUGCAGGGUGGUUACAAUGUGCAGCCAAAUAUAAGCCCCGGUGUUAUUGGAGGAUAUGGGAAUCAGGUAGGAUUGCAGGCGGCAUAUCCGAAUCAGCAGAUAGGGCAGGGUGGCUCUGGAAGAGGCCAAUAUGGUGGCGUUCCACCUUACAUUGGGCACUAGGUACGUGGCAGUUGUUUCCAUCAGUGUUGCUGUACAUAGAGUAUAAAACUAUUAUGUUAGAUGACGAAGAUGUGAAAGGUGAUGAAAUGAUGUGAAAGUACAUAAUCAUUUUGGAAAGUAAGGUAGAUGAAUGAGGUACAUAAGGAGUUCGAAGUAUCUGAGGAUGAAGAAUGAUAGUGGACAGGGAACAUGCCAGCAUUGGAGUUGGACAGAGAUGAUCUAUGUGGAUUUUCUCUCAUCAGCACUCUUGUUUAUGCCUUGCCUUUUUUUUUUUUGAAUUAAACAAGCAGUAGUUCCUUGAUUUCUCUUUUCCAUGUUCAUUGUUCCUUUGUGGUUGCUCCUCUCCCAUCUUUUCUCUCCUCCUUUGUGGAGCGGUUAUGGGCUUGUUAGUAUGUUUUGUCUGUUGGAGUUCCUAUUUUCUGAUUGGUUCAUGUGUGAUUUGGAGGACUUUUUUUUAAAAUAGUUGCAACUUUUGUGAGUUUAGUAGUAUCAAUUUUUUGGUAGCUUUUUUUUUUUUUUUUUUAAAACAUAUAGCUUUAUUACUUUAGAUCAAAUAUCAAAGUAGCAUACAUUCAGAUCAUAGAAGAAAUGUUAUUUAAGCUAUAAUUUGAUUGAAAAUUUUGAAUUUUGACUAUAGAAACAAAAUGCUGAUAAAUGUUUACUUAAGUUUUGGAUAUUGGCAAUUAGGGUGACUAGCAGUGUUAAUUUUGUAGAGAUUGGCAAAAAGACUGAUUAAUGUAGCCCCUUGUGUAUGUAACAGUGGGCUUUGUGUCUAACCCUCUCCGGAUAUCUGUUUGUCAAUUUCACGAGAAUAGAGGAGAUUUGGCAUUAUUUGUGACCUGAAAUUCUGGGAGUAAAUGAAUCAAUGAAUCUUUUGAGUUUAUUGCAUAUAAUGGUGUGCUUUUUUGGAAGCCACUCUGUUAAAAUGUUGCUUUUAGUUUCUGUUCGAUUCUGUGUAGGCUUUGUUGUUCAGAUAUUUUUCUUUCUGUAUAUACCGCUAGUCUUUGCACCAACAUUAAUGUACUUAUUAUGUUCUCUCUUUCAUGUGCGAUGAGGAACAGAUCAAGUUUUACUCAUUUAUUAAAUUCCAAUUAAUGUUUAUGGCCUGUUUAGUUCAUUACUAAGACUUAUGGAAAAUAAUCUACCGUGGUUUCUUCUCACUGAAACGUUAUUUUUGCUGCCCUAUAUUUAGUUGGUCAGUGGUCUUCAAUUGUUGUUGGAUAAUGUUUGCAACACAGUUUUUAAUUUUUUAUUAAAAAAAAGCUUUGUAAAACAACUUUGUGAUAUUCCCAGCAUGUUGAAUUGUCAAAUCAUUUUGAGCUUGGUGUUUGACUUUCAAUAGCUCUC